GAAAAGAAAAGAAAAAUCAAUUUCUGCCCCAUCUGCUAUAAAUGGCACCAUCAAUUUGGGACUAGCUAUUACUUUCUGCUCCCGUCUAUUAACUUUCAUCCAUGCAGGAAAUGGGCUCUGUAGAAACCACGAAAAAACCUCAUGCAGUUUUGGUUCCAUAUCCAUCUCAAGGCCAUGUUACCCCAUUAAUGAGACUUGCCAAGCUUUUGCACGCAAAAGGGUUCCAUAUAACCUUUGUCAACACUGAAUUUAACCACAAACGUUUGAUCCGAUCGAAAGGGCCGGAGUCAGUUAAAGGGUUCGAUGAUUUCAGGUUUGAGACUAUCCCUGAUGGGAUGCCACCGUCAGAUAAAGAUGCAACUCAAGACGUGCCUCGGCUCUGUGAUUCUGUCAGAAAAAAUUGUUUGGUUCCUUUUAAGGAGCUGUUGAUUAAGCUGAACUCGUCUUCCGGAGUGCCUCCUGUUAGCUGCGUCAUUUCUGAUGGUGUCAUGAGCUUCAGUAUCAAAGCUGCCGAAGAUUUGGGCAUCCCUGAAGUUCAAUUCUGGACGGCUUCUGCUUGCUCUUUCAUUGGAUAUUUGCACUACAGAGAGCUCAUCAGGAGAGGGAUUUUUCCAUUCAAAAAUGACAAUUACCUUACAGAUGGUACUCUUGAUAAGCCUGUUGAUUGGAUUUGUGGCAUGAGCAAUGUAAAAUUCAGGGACCUUCCAAGCUUUUUAAGAACAACAGAUCCCAAUGACAUUAUGUUUGAUUUCAUGGGAGAGGAAGCACAGAGUUGUCUGAAAGCUCCAACAAUAAUCUUCAAUGCCUUCGAUGAAUUUGAAAAAGAAGCAUUGGAGGCAGUCAUUUCGAAGUUCAAUUUCCCAAAUAUUUAUACAAUAGGCCCUCUAAAGUUAUUAACCAGGCACAUUGUUCCCGAAAGCCAAGUCAAUUCCUUGAAUUCAAGUUUAUGGAAGCCUAACUCGAAAGUUUUCGAGUGGCUGGAUCAAAGAGCACCAAACUCAGUUGUUUAUGUUAAUUAUGGAAGUGUAACAACCAUGACUGACCAUCAUUUCAAAGAAUUUGCUUGGGGACUUGCUAACAGCAGGCAACAGUUCUUGUGGAUUGUGCGGCCUGAUGUAGUGCAGGGAGGAGAAUCAGCAAUGCUACCUGAAGAUUUCCUGGAAGAGAUUCAGGAUAGAGGGUUCUUAACAAGCUGGUGUGCACAGGAGAAAGUGUUGGAGCAUUCAGCUGUUGGCGUAUUUUUGACACACUGUGGAUGGAAUUCUAUUAUGGAAACUAUUUGUGCUGGUGUGCCUGUCAUCUGCUGGCCUUUCUUUGCUGAUCAGCAAACUAAUUGUCAUUACUCUUGUGAGAAGUGGGGAAUUGGAAUGGAAAUAAAUCAUGAUGUGAAGCGCGAUGAAGUUACAGAACUUGUACGCAAAAUGAUUGUGGGAGAGGAAGGGGAAAAAAUGAGGUUCAACGCUAAAGAAUGGAAGAAGAAAGCUGAGGAAGCAACUGAAGUAGGGGGAUUAUCUUACAUUAACUUUGACAAGUUCAUCAAUGAGGCUCUUCAUUACCAGGGAUGAGUUGCAAAAAAUGUUUCCUCUGUGGCCUAAAAGGAAAAGAUUGGCUGAAAUGGCUUUGAUACUCAAAAUAAUUCAAUCACCCUUCUUCCCUCCUUUACUGCUUAUCAUUUUUCAUUUUGGUCUAUAUUAGUCCUAUUCGUUUUAAACUACAUCUGUAUUUGGAGUUGCAUGCCUUGGAUUAAGAAGAACAUUGCAAUUAGAACGUUCCAUAAAGCGUCAAUUUUUCUUUUUUUU